AUGACAACCUUCUGGCCAUUAUUUUCGGAACGUAAAAUAACCUCCGAGAGAUCAAAUUUUAAAACUUCUCCAAAUUCUGAAAUCUUCUCUUUUCAAGUUGCCUUUUCUUAUCAAAUCGACAAUAAACCUUAUUAUUUCGCUCAUAAUACUAAUACCAAUGAAUGGUAUAUUCAAGAAAUUCUUGAUAAUGGAAAAUUUGGUAAAACAAUGUCAACUGGUAAAUGGGAAAUUCCUUAUCACAUAGCAUUUACAUUUACCGUCAAAGAUAGAACUUUUUAUUACGCUCAAAAUAUCGAUUUAAAUAUUUGGUAUGUUCAAGAAUUAUUAGUAGACGGAAAAUUUGGGGAAGUAACUGAUCAUGGAAAAAAAACGGAAUCUUAUAAAGUCGUACUACCAUUUAAUAUUAAUGAUCACGCUUAUUAUUAUUGUCAUAGUACAAAUACAAAUCAUUGGUUUAUACAAGAAUUAUUGGAGGGUGGUAAAUUUGGUAAAAUUACUUGUGAUGGAAUUUGGUCAAGUGAUCAUCAAGUAUCAUUUCAUUAUGGAAUCGAAGAUAAAAAUUAUUUAUAUAUGUAUAAUACUACGAAGAAAACCUGGUGGAUAAAUGAAAUAUUAGAUGGUGGUAUAAUUGGAGAAGAAACUUCCAGAGGAAAUUUAAAAAGUAGUUUUCACGUUUCAACCCCUUUUCAAAUUUUCGGUAAAACCUAUUAUUAUGCACAUAAUUUAAAGACUCGACAUUGGUUUAUUCAAGAAUUACAUUAUGGUGGAAAGAUGGGACCUAAAACUACUAACGGUACUUGGACAAAUUCUUAUCCAAUGGUAUUCACGGCAAAUGUUAAAAAUAAACCUUAUAUAUUUGCUCCAUGUUAUAUAUCAAAAAGAACGAAUUGA